ACUUUCUUGUAUUACAAAUCAACUAUAAGUUAAAUAUAACUUUUCAAGAUGUUUAAGACAAUUAUUUGUAUGUCAUUGUUUGUUGUGUUGUGCACCGGAAAUCCAAACCGACUUGGCUUAGGUUUAGUACCACAACCGGCUCUUUUGGUGGAUGAGAGACCAGAACCGUAUCAAUUUGGUUACAAUGCCGCCGAUGAAUACGGAACUCAAUGGACUCGUCAGGAAACUGCUGAUGGAAAUGGUGUGGUUAAGGGAUCCUACAGUUAUAAGGACGCCGCCGGCAUCUUCAGGACUGUCGAGUACAUUGCUGAUGAUGUCAAUGGUUUCAGAGCUCAGGUGCAAAGCAAUGAGCCGGGUUUGGUCAGUAGUGCACCCGCAGGUGUCGUCUAUAAUUUUCCUGACAGAGCAUCGCUUGGUCUGAGAAUUAGGGCCAUACAUUUACAUUUAAUAUCUGUCUUCUGUUUUAAAGUUAUUGUAUUCAUUAUGAUUAAAGUAUUAUUAAUAACAUUAACUGCUUUUACAACAAUAAGUUAUGGCCAACAUUGGAACCAAAGACAAUUGGGAAGUCAGGCUUAUGGAGGAUAUGGAGGAGGAGGAGGACAGUCUACAUAUUCAAAUUCAAGGCCUGGUCAAAUAGCAUAUGGAGGAACCAUAAAUCAUGGAAACACUGGAAGACAGGGAAAUUAUGGCUUUUCUCGAUCUGCAAGACAAGUUGGUUACCCUGCUGCCCCUGCCCCUGCACCUGCACCUGCACCUGCACCUGCACCUGCACCUGCACCUAGAGGUUAUGGUGGAGGUGCUUCUUAUGCUUCACCAAGAUCAACAUAUGGUGGAGGAUAUCAAGCUAGACAAGCAACAGGUGCUGGAUAUGGUGGUCAUAAUGCUGGUUAUGGUGCUGGAUUUAUUGGUGGAUAUAGUGGUUAUAGUGAAGGCUAUAAACCAUACAAUUUUGCUUAUAAUACUGUUGAUGAAUACGGGACUCAACAGGGAAGACAAGAAAAUGCUGACGGAAGUGGUAAUGUUAAGGGAUCUUAUAGUUAUCGGGAUCCGUACGGUCAGUAUCGACAAGUGGAUUAUGUGGCCGAUCAAUCAGGAUUCAGGGCUGUCGUCAACACCAACGAAGCCGGUGUUGUUCCCCACCAACCGGCAGAUGCCAUCUAUAAUUUAGCAUUACUUUUAGUCACAUUAGUUGUGAUAAUUAAUGCCCGCGACUAUCAAUCUCCUGGUCGUAGAGCUCGUAGUAGAUCUCGUGUUAGUCACCGCAACCCAGUGGCCUCCGCCUCAUAUCGAGCACCUGUAUAUUCAUCCUAUUCCUCAGCUGAAGCUCCAAAACGAAGAUCCGGUUAUAUACGACCAGUUAGACAAACACAACAAGUAGAGGAAGGGCAUCCGGCACCCGAACCAUACAGUUUUACAUACGAUACAACCGAUGAGUUCGGCACUACAUUGACACGUACGGAGUCGGGAGACGCCAACGGACACGUUAGGGGAAGUUAUCAGUAUAGGGACGCCACUGGAUUGGUUCGUACAGUUGAAUACGGGGACGAAGGCGCAGGAUUUACUGCUGUCAUCAAUACCAAUGAACCGGGAGUUAUAUCACACAAAGCUGCCGACGCUGAGUAUAUUAAAUCAUAAAAUAAUUUUUUGUUUCAAACACUUUAAGUUUAAUUAUGUGAUAAAAUAAGUGUUUAUUACAUUUUAUUUACUUUUAAUUGUUAAUAUUUUCAUUGAAUUGAUACAAUAUAUUUUAAAAACAUUUUAAAAGUGCGAUAGAUUUGUGAUUUUUAAGUUUUAUUCAAUAUUAUUCCCCUAUAUUUAGUAUACAAGAAGUAUUUAAUCAUUUAUUAUUGUUAUUAAAACAU